AUGGCGCCGGACCCGAAAAAACCAGCCAAAGAAAAACCGCUGACCGCCAUCGUCCUCCUGGAUUCAUUCGAUCAACGAUUCGCACCAAUUCUCGAAAAAUCCUACGAAUGUUUCGGUUUCAUCCCGCUCGCCAAUAUCCCAAUGAUAAAUUACACGAUGAAUUGGCUAUUGAGGACGGAAAUCGAAAGCGUGAUGUUGGUGGCCACGGGAAAAUCGCAAAAAUACGCGAAACUUGUGGAAAAUGAGUGGGGAAGUGCGUUUGAGGAGUUUUCCGUUGUGAUUUGUGAUGGAUCUUCAAGCCUGGGCGAUUGUUUGCGAGAAAUUCACAACCGGGAAUUAAUUACGGAUAAUUUUCUAUUGAUUUCCAAUCCAUCCUCGCUAACCUCUUCAACUUUAUCGCAACAAAUUCGGGAUUUUCGAAAGCGUCGUGUCGAAAAUGCGGACAAUGUUAUGACGUUGAUCUAUGGCGGUUGUGAGAAUCGCGAAAAAUCGGUGAUUGGCGUGAAUUCCGAUGGAAAACUUGUGCUUUAUCCGGCUGCGACGUCGAGCGGUUUGAUCAAGGUGGAUAAGGUGGAUUUCUAUCAGAAUGCGCAGAUUCGAAGGGAUGUUGUGAAUACGGGAAUUGCGUUGUGCUCGAGAUUGAUUGUUACGCAGUUUAAGUGAGGGAUUUUGGGGGGGGAUUGUUCAUGUUAGAAUUUGAAAAAUUAUCAAGCAUUGCUCAUAUUAAAGGCUUUGAGCUGAAAUUUUUGAAAAAAUCCAACAAAUUUGAAUUAGUAUUGCUCAUAUUAAAAAUCUAGAUUCCAGCCAAGCAUUGGUCAUGUUAAAAGCUGAAAGUUAAAGGAAUUUGGGCAUUGCACAUGUUAAUUUUGAAAAAUUACAAAACAUUGCUUAUAUUAAAGGCUCAAAAAAUAAUUUUAAUUUAAAAUGAGAAAAUUUCAGUGAAACACUUGGGAAAAGCCGAAUUUCACUUAAAAUUUUCAGAAUUUAUCAAAAAUCUUUGAAAAAGAGAUCAAAAAAUUCUGAAAAUUGAUUCUUCAUGUUAAAUUUGAAAAAUUAUCAAGCAUUGCUCAUAUUAAAGCUGAAAUUUUGAAAAAAUCCAACAAAUUUGAAGUACUAUUGCUCAUAUAUUUUCUAGAUUCCAGCCAAGCAUUGCUCAUGUUAAAGGCUCAAAGUUCGUCAAUUUUCACUGAAAAUUGGGAAAAUUUUGAUAAAUCUUUGAAAAAAACGAAAAAUUUUGAGAAUUUGUUGCUCAUAUUAACUUUCAAAAAUCUAGAAAGCAUUGCUCAUAUUAAGAGCUCAAAAUUAAGGAAAUUUCAGUGAAAAACUUGGGGAAAUCCAAUUCACAUUGCUCGUAUUAGUUAAAGCCGAGCAUUGCUCAUGUUAACUAAAACCAAGAAUUGCUUGUUUUAGUUGAAAAAAAAAACAUUGCUCAUAUUAAUCAAAAGCCUUUUGACCCAAAAAAUCCAAAUUUUGAUCAGAAAAAUUCAAAAUUCCCCCCAAAAACCCCUGAUUUUCCAGCGACAACUUUGAUUUUUCAACAAUGGAAGAUGUGAUUCGCGAAUUGCUCUCAAAAGAUGAUAUUCUAGGCCUCAACAUCCACGUGGAUGUUUUGCCACAAAAUGAAUCUGCUUAUAUGGCAAAAGACUAUGAUACUUUAUUGCAUUUGAAUACUUUGCUAUUGGAAAGAUGGUUUUAUCCGUUGACACCGGAAAGAGUUGAGGUUUCGAGAUUUAUUUCGGUUUGUCCAAGGAAUAUUUAUUUGGAGGAAGAGGACUUUUUGAAUACCUCGAUGUCUUCGAGAAUUGUGUAGGUUUUUGAAUUUAUUUUUUGAAAAUUUGAUUUUUUUUCCUUGUGAAACAGUGAACAGUAUUUCUAGUCAAAAAUUGAUAUGAAAAUAUUGAAACAGUGAAAUUUUUCAUUUAAUAAAUUUGAAAAUUUGAUUUUUUUUCAUUGUGAAACAGUGAAAAAUUAUAAAUUUCUCACAGAAAUCCUCAAUAAUUAAUACAGGGUGACCCAAAAAAAACGUUACAAGGUUUUUUCGAAAUUAUUACUCGAAAUGUUCUGAAAUUUUGUAUACACGAUUUCGAGCUAACUACUUACCCCAAGAUACACACUGAAAAAAAUUUGUUUCAUUAUACCUUGUGUUUCACGUGAAUUACACGUGAAACAAAACUGUGAAAAAAAGGCCUUGGCGCCGCAACUCGUGAAAAUACAACGUGGUUGAACUUUCACAGCUAACAUUUAUUCAUGAGUCAAUUGGGGUAAGCAUAUCGCUCUCAGGCUUUGUAGAGAAACUCUCUGGGAUCAUUUUGAGUACUUGACUUCCUAUCCAAAAAUGGUUUCAACAUGAAUUAGAACUCAUUUUGUGUAUUGGGUCAAAAUUUUUCACUUUUUCUGAAAAGAGAACUCCGAUGGCUGAAAUAUGGGAUUAUGAUUAUGUUUAUCUUGCUAAAGCAGUGUGACUAGGUUGUAUUGACCCUGUGAAAAUCAGUUUGAGGUUAUAUAACUAAUAUUUCUCAAAUUGAGUUCGAUAAUGUUAAAAAUUGAGAAAAAAAAAAUUUUUUUUCGAAUUUUUUUCAACUUACAUCUUGCACUUCUCUGAGACUAUGAAGUUAUUCCAUAGCUUAUUUGCACUGAAAAUUAUCAAGCUAUAUGGUUUCGCUAAAAUUUAAAAAAAAAUUGAGGUAGUUUGGUUCACUUCCACAGACACUGUAGGGUCCAGAAUCGAAAAAGAGCUGCGGCGCCAAGGCCUUUUUUUCACAGUUUUGUUUCACAUGUAAUUCACGUGAAACACAAGGUAUAAUGAAACAAAUUUUUUUCAGUGUGUAUUUUGGGGUAAUUAGUUAGCUCGAAAUCGUGUAUACAAAAUUUCAGAACAUUUCGAGUAAUAAUUUCGAAAAAACUUUGUAACGUUUUUUUUGGGUCACCCUGUAUUAAAACAAUGAAACAGUGAAAAUUUUCUUUUAAAUAAUUUGAAAAUUUUAUUUUUUUUCCUUGUGAAACAGUGGAAAAUUUUGAAUUUCUCACAAAAUUAUCGUCAAAAAUUAAUAGGAAAAUAUUGAAACAGUGAAAUUUUUCAUUAAAAACCUUUUUUUCCCAGUGAAACAGUGAAAAAUUUUGAAUUUUGAAUUUUUCACAAAAUUAUCAUCAAAAAUUGUAUGAAAAUAUUGAAACAGUGAAAUUUUUCAUUAAAAAAAUAAAAAAUUUGAUUUUUUUCAUUGUGAAACAGUGAAAAAUUCUAAAUUUCUCACAAAAAUCCUUUAAAAAUCUGCUUAAAACAGAAACUCAUCAAAAAUUGUAUGAAAAUAUUGAAACAGUGAAAAUGUUUCAUUGUAUUGUUUUUCGAAAUUAGGCAAAAAUUAUAUAAAAUGUUUGAAACAGUGAAAAAAUGUUCUCACAAAAAAAUAGUUUUUUUCAUAAUUUUUUUUUCAAAAAAAUAAUAGAAACUGUAUUUUUUCUGAAUCAAAAAUUAAAAAUUUUUUUUUUUGGAGUUUUUAUGUUUUUAAUGUUCAUUAUUUUAUCUUCCCAAGCUAGAAAAAUAUGUGGAAUUUUUCAAACAGUGAAAAAUUUUUCAAAAAAAAUGUUUUUUUUCAGAAUUUUUUUUUCAAAAAAAAAAAAUAAUAGAAACUGUAUUUUUCACAUUAAAUCUUUAAAAAAAAUUUCUUGGAAAUUUGCCAAUAGCCUUCAUCAUUAUUUUAUCUUCCUGAUCUAGAAAAAUAUGUGGAAUUUUUGAAACAGUGAAAAAUUUCACCACAAUUUUUCAAAACCAAAAAUUCUUUUUUUUUUCAGGCUUUCCGAUGCCUCAGUCAAUGUGUCCCUUGGAAUCCAUACAAAAAUCUCCAAAACCGCCAGAAUCUACAAUUCAAGUAUUGGAAGCAAUUCUGAAAUUGCUGAAAACACCACAAUUUCCAAUUGUAUCAUUGGAAAAAAUGUGAAAAUUGGGAAAAAUGUCGAAAUUUUUGGGGGAUUUAUUGGAGACAAUUCGGUGAUUUUGGAUAACUCGAAAUUCCCCGAAAUUAUCAUUGGAAAUGGUGUGAAAAUGGCGGAAAUCGGGGAGAAUUUGGAGAAUUCGGCGAUUUGUAGUUGGCAGGUGGAUGAAGAUGAGUUUGAGAAAAUUGUCGCGCAAAAAAUUGGAGAGGAAUUGUAUUUGUGGCAAUUGAGAAAUGGUGGAGGAUUCUGGAAGAUUUCGCAGGGAAAAAUUGGGAUUAAUAUGAGCAAUGUCGAGGAAAAUGAGGAAGAAGAUGAGGUGGGAGAUUUUUGGGGAAAAAUUGGGCAAAAAUUCGAAUUUUCUAGACAAAAUUUACACAUUUUGAAGCCAAAAAUCGAGAUCUGUGGCCUAGAAAACCAAAAAUUAGGCCACCAAUUGUCUGAGAGAAGUACACAGCAUUUUCCCCCAAUGAAAAUCCUGAUUUUUGUGGCCUAGAAAAUCACAAUUAGGUUUUCCAGGCCACGAAUUGUCCGAGAGAAAUACACAACCUUUCAAUUUGAUGGAAAUCCACGGCGAUCAUCUCGUAAAAUUUGGCCGAACGGCUUUUUUUGUAAACAAAGUUCGGCCACGUGUGCGCUAGAGCGCACAUUUUGUAUUGAGAGAUUUUUUUCACAAAAUUUUGCAAAACAGCCUUGUGUUGUUGUGUGAGUGAAAAACGUGCAAUCCUCGUUAUUGAAAAAGUCAGGAUUAUAGAUUUAGCCAUUAUUAUAUAUAAAGUAUAGAUUAAAAUCGGAAAUCUGCAGCUGAAUACUCGAAAAAGGCCAAAAACUGUAAAUUGAGUAAUGCCCAAUUUUUGGCAAUAGGGUACAUGGUUUUUGAGUUUUGAGAGUCGAUCUAUAUCAAAUAAGAACCGUGAGAUGAUUGUCUACAAAAUGGUCGUUUCCUUUCUGUGCGAAAUUUUGUCUAACAAGAGAAAAACAGUAAUUUCCAAAAAAGUCUGAACAAAAAAAAUUUUCGACGAAAAAAACAAAAAAGGGGCGGAGUCUGCCGUUCAUGGCCGCGUGGCCGAGUUUUUUCCCCUCCGUUUUUGCAAAUUUUUUCCUCGGCCAAAUUUUACGAGAUGAGCGCCGUGAAUCGUGAUUUUUGUUAUUCGUGGCCUAGAAAACCAAAUUCCCUAGUAGCUUUUGGUUUUCUAGGCCACCAAGAAUUUUUUUGGCCAAAAUUCACGUGGAAAUUUGAAAAUCCUGAUUUUUUGAAGCAAAAAAUCCACGUGGAACGCAAAUUUGAAAAUCUUAAACAAUUCAGGGGGACUUGGGCUAACUCAAAAAUUUUGAAUUUUCAAAUUUCCACGUGGAAUUUUUUUUUCUGGAAAAUCGGAUUUUUCUGUGACACAAAAAUAUUCGAAAAAAAUCAGAUUUUUUAAAAUCAUAGUAUGACAAAAAUCUGAUUUUCUGAAUGAAAAAUCGAGAAAAAAAAUAAUUAAAAAAAACACUUUUUGACAUUUUUUUCCACACAAAAAUGAAAAAAAAAUGAAGAAAAAUAGACAAAAAAUAUAGUUUUUUGACAUUUUCUGAAUCGAAAUUGAAAAAAAAUAUAUUUUUUCAUUAUUUUUUUGACGUGACCUAGUUUUCUCCCCACGUGUUUUUCUUUAAUUUCUUAAUUUUUCCCCCAUUUCUCAGGAUUUCGAAGAGGGAAGUGACGAAGAUUUCGACGUCGACUUCGACGAUGGUUUCGAUGAUUCAACUCGUCAAUUCUACGACGAAGUAUUCGAAAGUAUGAAAGGAAUGCAAUCGAUGGCAAAUCAACAAAUGAAUAAUUUGAUAUUGGAGAUCAAUUCGUCGAAAUUGGCGUGUAAUGUUAGUGUGGAUGAUGUGGCGAAAAAUGUGUUUGCCGCGUUUUUGGCGUUGCCUGGAAUGGAGGAUUUGAAGGAGUUGUUGGUGGUAAGCCUUACACUUGGGCUAAAGAGGGUUUUGGGGGCUUUAGGGCUCGUUAAGGGCUUUAGGGAGAUUUUACGGGCUUUCAAAAGGCUCUAGGAUCCUUUUUAGAGGCUUGGUAAGGUUUAGGGGGCUUCUAAAAGUUUUAGGAAGCUUUAGGAAUCUUAGGAGCAUUUUUAAGGCCUUAGGAAGAUUUUACAGGCUUUGAAGAUUUUUAAGGGCCUUAAGAAGGUCUAAAGGAAGCUUUUACGGGCUUUUUAGGGCCUUAUAAAGAUUCUAGGACUUUUCAGGCACUCAGAAAUGCUUUGGGGGUUUCUUAAGGGCUUCAGGAAGAAUUUACAGGCUUUUGGAGCUUAUUAAGGACUUUAGUUAGCUUUCAGGGACUUUUAAAGGUUAUUAAGGGCUUAAGUUAGCUUUUAGGCGAUUUUAGGGCUUCCUAAAGCCGUUAGCAAGCUCUUACCACAUUUUUGGGCUUCCUAAAGGCUUUAUGAGGAUUUUACGGGCUUCGAGGGUAUUUUCAAGGCUCUAGGGACUUUCAGGGCUUCUCAUAAAGCUGAAAAUUCACAAGGUCACAAAUUUUUAAUUUAGCAGAAGUUUUCAUACUAAAAAAUCUUCUGAAAAUCCCUAAUUUCCCAUUUUUCCAGCUAAUCAAAAAAUGGCGUCCACUCUUCAUAAAUUAUUACAAAUCAUCCGAUUCAAAUGCAACAGCUCGAAAAUUGGAAAUGGAAAGAAAAUGUCAAAUUCAAAUGCUAAUGGCAAUCGAAGAGAAAUUCGACAAAGAAUCGGCGAAUUUCGGGCCGAAAUGCGCGAAAAUUGUGCAUUUUUUGUAUAAUGAUGCGGAUGUUUUGGAUGAGGAAGCGAUUUUGGAAUGGGCUGGAAGUAUUGAUUCCGGAUCCAAGUUGAGGGAAUUGAUGGAACCGAUUGUUAAAUGGUUGCAAGAGGAUGAUGAAGAUGAAGAGGAGGAGGAGGAUUAG